GUUUGUAUAGGCUUCUUCUUCCAUAACCACCACCUUUGCCCACAUAACUCACGCCUGCUGAAGUAUAUGUAUUUUGUCAUGCCGCAGACACAGAGCAAGGACUGUAUAUUGGGUGAAAAUUAGUGAAGAGGAGGUGUAAUUGUGGGAUAGUGCAGUGAAAUGAAGCUCCAACAGUUACCAGCCUGCAACCGUUUUGUGAAGCAUUCCGUUUGUCCUUCUGUUUCCAGGCUCUCGAGUCCGUCAUGUCUCCCUCAACUUACUCAUCAUCAUCAGAUGCCCAUCUCAACGAGAAGCAUUCAACAAACAAACCAGAGUUCUGUAGACAAUUUUUCCUUCAGUUUGGGUUUGUUUGCUCGAUUCCUGUUCUCACCGAGUCCGUUGCCACCCAUCAUGCUUCGGAGUACACUUGGGUCACGUGGAUUUCUUGUGGUGACGCAAGGGAAAUUGGGUGAUGUCGAUAUGUGUCAGUAAUGCUCCUUAGAGGGCUCGCCAACUAUGCAAAUUGUUGUUGCAGUGGGCGAGGAAGAACAAGAGGUGGCGAGCAUUCUGUUAGUGUUGAUGUUUUUGGAAACGCAGCUGAUAUUGUAUUGAGUUUUGUGGGGAGAAGGGUAUGGACAUAUGGGCUCGGUGAUGAUGCGCGGUGGAGCUGAUGAUGUAUUCAUGUUGGGGUGAGGCAUUGCUGCGACCAUGGAUGUACCGCAAGACGAGCUCCCACUUCUCUACACUUGGAUUGAUGGAAUCCCACUUUCAAGACCUAAACGAAACAUAUCACGAGACUUCAGCGAUGCAGUUCUUGCAGCGGAGGUGGUGGCGCAUUACUGUCCACGCCUGGUGGAUGUUCAUAACUACAGUGCUGCUAAUGGUCUCGCUCAGAAGAUCUACAAUUGGAGCACUCUCAACAACAAGGUCUUCAGGCGUCUCCAUUUCACAUUGACAAAGGAAGACAUUGAGGCGGUGGCCAGCUGUGAGCCACAGAUGAUUGAACGAAUUCUUAAGCUUCUGAAGUACAAGAUAGCAAAAUAUCGACCCAAUGGCUUGAAUGGAGACUCUGAUCCCGUUAAAGAACCUUCAGAUGGUGGACACUGCCAUGAGUUUCAUGACCAUCGCAGUACACGACACCCUAAUCCUCAACGAGAAUUAUUUCCAAGAUUUGGUCAGACUCAGCAGUCGCAAGUGAAGGAUGUUGUAAGUCAAGGGCAAGAGUAUCUACCUGAGCCAGAAUGCACAAAAAGAAACAUGUGGGUUGGCAGGCGAGGUUCGCAAGAGCAGUAUUCAACCUCAAGGACAUCGAGCCCUCACCGAGGGUGCAAUUCGCAAGAACUGGGUUUGAUGAAUGCAAAGCUGGAGGAAAAGAAUAUAUACAUUCGGGAACUUGGUGAAACUAUUGAGGUGAAUAAUCCAGACCAUAUCAAACGAAGCUCAUGUGGUCUCAGCAACAUCCCGCCUGUGUUACUACCUUUCACAACCAAGUUCUUCCUUUACUUGACUUGCAGCUUUUGGAGGCGAAAGUGAGAAAGCUAGAACAGUUGCUGCGACUGAAGGAGCACAAAAUCCAAGUGCUCAGUGGCAAGAUACCCAAACAAAAUGGUCGUAGCUAAUGAACUAGCCGUCCAGGCUAUGUUCACGCAGUUGUAACAUCUGUGAGAUACAACUCACUCAAUGCGAAGGAGCAUUUUGAAUUGGAUAUCGACUUAGAGUCAUAUUGGGAUCGACUCACGCUGGCAGCUGCAGUUGUGGAUCGACAAUCAGGGUUAUUGGAUAUGUGUGCCUGUCUAUCGAAGUAGGGCACUGCACUACUUUACUUGAUCUCUGGUAAAUCUAACCCGGUUGAAGAAGGGAACCCAACUUAGGAACCCCCGCAGACUCUGCAAAUCGUAAAUUUCUACGUUGAAGCCAUUCUGAUGGCAUCCUGUACAAAAACAAGGCUCUCAUACACUUAAUCUAACAAUGAUCUCCUGAAACUUACUUUAUUUUUACCAA